GUAGUGCGCUCGGCGUGAGGCCAGUGGCGGCUCUGUUCCCUCCUCCUCCCCCGGCCGGGCCCGCAGGGGAGAGUGACACUCACCAGGCGGCUCCGUCCCGGCGGCAGCCCCCCGCGCCCCCCUCCGCCUCCGAUAAACAGUUUGAGGCCUGAAGGACCUGCUAAAGGGAACACCUGCUUUUGAGGUUGCAAAGGUGCUAAAGCAUGGCUGACUUGGAUCACAACCUCAGUCUUGCGGAUGCUCUGACAGAGCCACCUCCCGAGAUUGAGGAGGAAGUGAAAAGGGACUUCAUUGCCACUCUGGAAGCAGAGAAAUUUGACGACGUGGUUGGAGAAACAGUAGAUAAAACAGACUAUGUUCCUCUGCUGGAUGAUGAUGACGAUGAUGCAAAAGCUGGGAGCCAGGAACCAAAAAGCAAACCCCAUGCAGACGGUAUUCAGGUGGAACAUACUUCAGCUUCCGGGCCAACAGUUGUAGAAAAUGGUGACCACGGAAUAGAAGACCACCGCACAGUAUUCCCAGGAGCAAUCAUGGAUGAAAAGCUGUCUUACAAAGAAUUUCUCGAUCGCAAUGACUCUUGGACGAUGGAUGACAGAGACCUGUGCUUUGAGUCACAGCCUGUGUUCCAGCCCAUGGAGAUGGCUGACCCCUUCAGCAUGCACAGAGGGGAGAAUCUGCCUGAUUUAUCGUUUCCUACUGACAUGAAGAAUGUGCCGCUGUUCACGGACCACGUUGAUGCUUCUGGAGACAUCCAUGCACCAGGUGGAUCUAUGAUGGUACCCGAACAACCUUUCUUGGGGCCCCUGUAUUCUCCUGCAGAGGCUCUAGACCCAUCAGCCUUCAUUGGCCUUGACUCAACUGCAGAAUUUCUACAAGACAAAGCAGUGCCUGAAGAACAUUGGAUGGGAGCUCAGCACGAUGCGAAGGGACCAGAUGCCUCUUUCUUUGCUGAGCCACCAGUGCCCCCCACAGCGAUGGAAGCAGGAAAGCCGAAUUUGUCAGAAGGCCCUGCAGCAGUGGCUCCUGGUUUCCUUCCUGCUGCGGUAACAGCAUCCCCGGGAGAGGCUGAAGCUACUGAUGGACCAAAAGCUGCGGCAUCAGCAGAUGCAGUGUGUGUUCCUGCCUCGGAUGUCAUGUCCUUUUCUGCAGAAGAACCUGGGUCCAUUCUGGCAGGAGACACCAAGCCUCCUCAAGCCCUGGAUGCUGCAUUUGCACCUACACCAGAAGCCGACCCUCUUCAGGCUGUGGGUGUUGGGUUUGCCCCCGCGCCAGACGCCAGGCCUCCCAGUGCUGUCAAUGCGGCGUCCGCCCCAGGGGCGGACACUGGCUUCACCCCAGCAGCAGAUGCUACAUCCCAUUAUGCUAUGGAUUUGGAGUUUGCCCCAGCAGAGGAAGAUGCAGGGUUUGCCCCAGCAGCAGAUGUGGACUCUCAUCACGCUAUGGAUUUGGCAUUUGCCCCAGCAGAUGUGGACUCUCACCACACUAUGGAUUUGGCGUUUGCCCCAGCAGAAGAUGUGGACUCUCACCACGCUGUGGAUUUGGCUUUUGCCCCAGCAGCAGGUGUGGAAUCUCACCACGCUGUGGAUUUGGCGUUUGCCCCAGCAGCAGAUGUGGAAUCCCACCACGCUGUGGAUUUGGCGUUUGCUCCAGCAGAUACUAAAUCUCAUCAAGCUAUGGAUUCCGAGUUUGCACCAGCAGGAGAUGCAGAAUUUGCCCCUGCAGCAGAAGUCAACCAUCAUCACGCUAUGGAUUCUGGGUUUGCUCCUGUAGCAGAAGCCAAGCCUCUUCCUGCCAUGGAUUCUGGGUUUGCGUCUGCAGAAGCUAAGCCUGUCUCUGCCGCUGAUGUCGAGGUUGCUGCAUCUGAAGAGCUGAUGACAUCCGAGUCUUCUGUUGGGCAAGACAAGUCGCCCUUUGACAAGGCUGCUGCAGAAGCAACUGCGAACGUGGAACAAGAGUUGAGAGCCCCAGAAGCUUGUGUUGCUCGUUUAGAGGAAGCCGAAGACAGCAGACCACCUCCCAGCCACCAUGAAGAGCAUCUUCCAGAACAUACGAACCAUCCUUCAGAACCAGCAGUUCCGGCAGAAGCAAAAGAAGCCGUCGCACUAGAAAAUAAAGACCUCCUUCCAGAAAAACCUGCUGCCGCUGCGGAUGUCACCGUUACAGAGAAGCAGAAAGAGGAGGCUGAACACAACCACGUCCAACAUGCAGAACCUCAGCAAGAAAAAACCCCGCAAGAGCCCACAGGUCUACCUACCGCACAAGUAAGGCAAGCUAACAAAUCAAGUGAACGCAGGUUUGGCAGAGCAAAACCUGCACCAGUGCCUAUUACAGAUGUACCAGAGGAACGUCUAAUAGGUCUCCCACAGCAGAAGAGCACUGACCCAAAAGUAGACCCCUAUUCGGUAGUGGAACGUGGAUGUGUUGCUGGAGCAGCCCCUCGCACAAGGGUUUCGCUUAAAAAGGCGACUGAGCAGCCAUCCAGCGUGCUGUCGGAGUUUGUGGAGAGCUGCAGAGACGUACCAAGGGAGAGCUGGGACUUGGAAGGUUCUCUGGCCAUUGUGAAGAAAAAGAAAAAGAAACCGAAACAAAAGAGAAACCAGCUGCCAAGAACAGUGGAGUUCUGGGAUGAAAACGUAACAGUCCCCAAAGCUCCUAGAAAUUCCUCAUUUGCUCUUCAGCUGCAAAAACCAGAUGUCUGUCCCGCAAUGCCUGCUGAAGCUCGCAAAGAGCAGGCAGUUGCCUCAGGAAGCAGAGUUUCGGAUAUGCCGAGGGAUGCUCAGAUAAUAACUGGAAGCCACAUCCUGGAGGAGCAGCGUGCCUUCUCGGUGGCAGCACCAGGGCAGCGGGCCCCAAGACCCAGCGUGCCAUUAGAAUCUGUGUUAGGUGCAAAAAAAGGGGACGCCAUGAGAACAGAAGAAAUAAGAGGUGACGGCGUGAUGUUGCAAUCUAAAGGCAAAACAAAAGAGGUUCCCUUGCAGCAGGGAGGCAAGACUAAGGCAGGGGAAUCUGUUACAGCACAGGUGCCAACCAAGCCCAUGGAAAGAGAUUUUCGUGAUAAAAAUGAGAAGAGGGAGUAUAAGGAGUUGACAUGUGCUGACCUGACACCAUCUCUUUCAGAAGGGAUCAGUCUAAGCAAAGUAGAAACUGCUUUAGAGACCAAACCCUCAGAAUUGCUCCUUUCUGAUAAAGAUAAGGAGCCUAAAUGCACGUCUCCCAGGCGGGAAGCGCUCGGUGACGCUGCCCACCGUGAGCUUCGGGCUUCCAGGGGGUCACUGGAAGAAGCAGCAAAGAAAAGAGGUAGUUGUGAAAAAAGCAAAGCUGUUGAAAGGGAAUCCCUCCAUCAGCCUGCCCCUCUAGAGGCUGCCGCCCCGUCGGACAGGCUUCCUACCGGGCCAAAGGCAGCUGAUGAAACUAAAGCAGUGUCCUCCGAUAAGUGCGUGGCCCUUGACUUGAACACUGCAGGGGGAGUGUCGGAGACUCCAGCAGAUAAUACUAAAACCCCUGUCACACCGUUAGCUUUACCAAAACCGGAGGAAGUGGCUGCUGAGCGAAACAGAAAGGCUGACAGCUUUUCGGAGCAGCCAUUUCUUCUGUCAGCGAAGUCUGGCGCAGCCAGUCCUCCCGCCGCUGCUGAACCAGUGGACGGAGUGGUGGUAGGAGAUUCCCCUGAUAGAAACAAAGGGAGAGGAUUUAUUGCGUUAGAGCAGCAGACUGGAAAAGAUCCCAAUAUUGCACAUGGGAUGGACAGACCUAAAAAAAAGCGUGGUGAAGGGAGAGUAAAAAAAAUCAAAAGCUUCUCCGAGCAGAUGCUGCUCUCGGAGGAUGUGAGCAAACUCACCGACGGAGGGAGGACGGAUGGGCCUAUAAAAGAAACAACCUUCCCUGAUAGAGGCAGAGGUUUUCCUGCCGGAGGACCUCCGUCAGGAAGCGUUACACAUGCUUAUCCUGCGGACAAGCCAAAAAAAAGAGGUAGUGAUGGAAGAAGUAAAAAAGGGGAAAGAGGUUUUUUCCAGCAGCCUUUUCUUGAGAAUAAGACGGAGCCAAGUGGUUUUCCUGACCUAAUUGAUAAAACUAAGGAAGUUAGUGAUAAGGGCAGAGCGAGGGGCUGUAUCGCUGCUGAGCAUCCUCAGGAGAAUCCAUCAGAUGCAGCUGAAGUGCAAAGGCUGAUUGAACUGGUAACAGAGAAGCCUAAAGAAGGCACUGGAAAAAACGAAAUAGCCGAUUUGGGUGCUCCAGAGCAACCAUUCCUGCGGGAGAGUAGGCGAGAGGAAGCAAAGCAUCUUGCUCUGGCUGACACAGUCGGCAAAACAAAAGAGGUAAAUUUGAUUAAUAGAGGCAAAGAGGCUGGAAGUGCUUCUGCAGGCGAAUCAGGUGUGGUAAGUUCUGAUGCAACACUGGUGGCAGACAAACCUAGGAAGAGGUGUAGUGAUGGGAAAAGAAAAAAACCUGACAAAAGUCCUUUGAGGCAGGCAGCUCUUCUGGAGGCUGGGGCGGAAACAAGCAAUCUUCCAAGCAAAGAGAAGGUGGCUGGAAGCACAAAAGAAGUGACCUUUGAUAAAGAUAAGGUGGCUGGUUUUGAAAGAGAGCUUUUGCUGGAGAAUCUGACAGGUAUAACCAAAGAGGUGCAGGAAAAGCCUCACAUCCAGGGUGGCAAUAGAGGAAGUUUCUCUAAUCAGCUGGUUCUUUCAGGUCAUAAAAUAGAGACAGCAGAGCCAGAAAUAGCCAACACUAAAGAAACUUGGCCCAUGAAUAAAGGUAAGGAACUAGAUACGCCCGAGCCUCUCCCAGCGCGCAGGACAGAUGCAGCUGUGGCGCACGGGGAGCUGGUGAUGGACAAGCCUAAGAAAAAAAGUAGAGAUGUGAAAGGCAAAAAGGCUGAAAAUAGUCUUGAGCCCUCUGUUGCACUGGGUCCAGGUAACAUCCCUGCAGUAGGUGAAGAGGUGGGAAAUAUUAAACCAACUCAGUCUUUUGAUAAAGGCAACGAGGCUAAUUCCAGUGCUUCAGCGAGCCUGCUAGGUGACCUGACUGAUACUAUGAAAGUACAAGCUCCUGCUGUACCUCUGGAGCCAGGAAAAUCGCACACAAGUAAUAAAGAGAAAAGCAAAAAGAUGGAGGCUGACUUGCAGCAGCCAUGUCUUCUGGAGCAUAAAGCAGGUGCAGAGACGUUUCCUCCUCGUGGCAUGGAGAUAACUGACAAUUCUAAAGCAGAAAGUCCCGCUCCUUGCAGCACGGGGGGUGGACCUCCUAUCGUAGAGCAUCCGGCAGUGGCAGAUCACGCUUUGGCCACAGUUACUGAUAGAUCUGAAAAGAGGGGUUAUGAUGGGAGUAGUAAAAAGGCUAAAAAUGCCUCUGAGCAGCCUGUUUUUCUAGAGCCAAAGCCUAAAAAUGCCUCUGAGCAGCCUGUUUUUCUAGAGCCAAAGCCUAAAAAUGCCUCUGAGCAGCCUGUUUUUCUAGAGCCAGAAACAAACAGGAGGGAGGUACAGCCUCCCCUAGGAUCUGGGAUGGGGUGUGGAGUGGCAGACAUGGAUUUGGUAGAUGAAAACAGAAAUAUUAAAAACUUGCCCCUUUGGAAUAAUAAAGGAAGCGACUUUGAAUCCUUUGCUCAGACCGCAGUAACCGGCCCCGGUAACGCUGGCAGUGUUCCUCCUGGCUCCCCAAAGCAGAUAGGUGAGGGUGUGAGAAGUAAGGGGCUUCCUCCUCCUGGAGCAGUAGCAGAGGACAGCAGCAAAGAGCCUGGACCUGGUGCUAAGGAGGAGAUACAGGCGCAGAAAUCUUGCGAGCAGCCGACCAACCUGGGACACAGAGAGGCUGGAAAAGAGGUUUCAAAGAAAGAUGGCAAAACCAAAGAGGCCGAUUCCCAGGAUGGGAGUGAGGCAGGUAAACCACUUUCUUUGGACCAUUCAGUUAAACAGGACAUUAAAGCAAAGAAGGACGAAGUUCACCUUUCUCCUGGAGCAAAGGUGGAUGAUAAAGAAAUUAGAACCACUGAUAAAAAGCAAAACACUGACAGCGCUUCCUCAGGCCUUCCUCAGAAGGUGGCAGAUUCAAAGAAUAGACCGGCUCCUGUAGGUGCCGAAGGGACGGAGCGACUAGAAGCAACCGGCCCUGCUGGAGAGAAGGGCCCUGGGUGCGUUCCCCCAGCGCCUGCGGCGAUGCCAGAGAGCAGAGCCGAAGCGGCCGUGCCGCGGGCUGCGGCGGGGGCCUUGGUGGAGGGUAAAGCUGAAGAGCCUGAGCUGGAUGGAGGCAGGAAGAGCGAGCAGGGCUCGCGGAAGUACCCGGGCAGUUCGGACAAUAAAGCGGCUGAAGCGGAGGCUGCUGGUUUAAAGCUGACAGCUGCCCAAACAACCCCGAUAGGUCCCGAAGAGAAUGACAAGGGUCGCUCUCAGCCUGCAGAAGGGGAUGCUGCUCACGGUAGGGAGGCUCACCUGACAGACGCCCCGGCGCCCAAGUCUGAAGAUGGUAAACCUGAAGAUGCAGCUAAAGAAGAGGAGCCUUGUGAGCACAAAGCUGUGAAGGAGGCAAAGAAAGAGAGAGUGAAAGCAGCAGAGCAGAUGAAAGGCUACAUGAGACCCACAAAGUCAAGAGGGGUGCCACCUCUGCCAGCCAGGUCUGCUGCUCCAGACCGAGAGAAACAAAGGCAGCUGAAACCCGCUGGUAUGAGCCGGCAGAGGCAAGAAAAAGCAAAACCAGAAGAGACCAAACCAGCUGAAGCUGUGACAGGGAACGAUAUCACAGCACCUCCCAACAAAGAGCUUCCUCCCAGCCCUGAGAAGAAGACAAAGCCUGCCGCAUCCACAUCACCUACAAAGCCCGCAGCAAAGAAAGCCAGGCCCCUGCUCGCUACCAGCCCCAAGCGGCCAGCCUCUGCCACGCCUGGCCCAAACAAAAAACCCACGAGCCCUACUGCAGGUCCUACGUCAGCCACUACUGCUAAACGCCCAGCCACCAGUACUACACGUCCCUCCACCUUAACUCCAAAAGAGACCAAACCAAAGGUUGCAGAUGCAAAGACCCCGGAGAAGCGGACCUCACUUUCAAAGCCUCCAUCAUCUGCCAGUCCUAGAACUACUGUCAAGAGCACCCCUACUACUCCUAGGACAACGGUGGCGUCGCCAGUCACUGCAGCCGCUGGUGUGAAGAACGCUGCUACUUCUCCACCGAAGAGGCCAACGUCUAUCAAGACUGAUGCAAAGCCUGCAGAUGCCAAGAAGACCUCUGCAAAGUCACCAUCAGCAGACUUGAGCCGCCCUAAGAGUGCUACUGGAAAUGCAGUAAAAAGUAGUGCCACCACUCCUACCACCGCCUCCAGUGCACCUCCUUUACCUGGAGGAGCUACCAGUCGUCCCAAAACCAAGCCUGCUGCAACCAAACCCACCACAACCUCAACCCCAACAGCAGACGCUAAAAAAACAACUGCUAAGGCUCCGACUAAACCCAGCGCUGUUUCCAAGCCACCUCGUCCGACCAGCAGCGUUUCUGCUCCAGAUCUGAAAAAUGUGCGUUCCAAAAUUGGAUCAACGGAUAACAUUAAACAUCAGCCUGGUGGAGGAAAGGGGAAAAUAGAGAAAAAGCCAGAAUCAGCCGCUGCUGCACGAAAGUCUGAACCCAAUGCGGUCUCUAAAAUGGCUACUACUAAAACAACCGUAUCAAAAGAGGGUGCCCCAAAACAGCCCAAUGGGAAAGUCCAGAUAGUCUCCAAAAAAGCGAACUACAGCCAUGUUCAGUCCAAGUGUGGUUCCAAGGACAAUAUUAAGCAUGUCCCUGGAGGUGGGAAUGUGCAGAUCCAGAACAAGAAAGUUGACCUUUCCAAAGUGUCCUCGAAGUGUGGCUCUAAAGCGAAUAUCAAGCAUAAGCCAGGGGGAGGAGAUGUCAAAAUUGAGAACCAGAAGCUGAACUUCAAGGAGAAGGCUCAAGCCAAAGUGGGUUCUCUAGACAACGUGGGACACCUACCAGCAGGAGGAACUGUGAAGGCUGAGGGGAGCGUGGAGCCAGGGCAGCUCCCACCAGCCCCUCAGAACGGAGAGGUGCCAGCGGCCCAGGCAGGCAGUGAGAUGCGGGAGAAUGGCGUAGGGCCGGCAGUGCCCACUGCCCUGAGCGGUGGUGACCAAAGGGAAAUUCAGAGCUUCGAGACUCAGAUACAAGAAACAAGCAUCUAAUGAUGACAUUAUGAUUGAAUCUCACAAGCUGACGUUCCGUGAGAAGGCCAAGGCUCGAACAGACCACGGAGCGGAAAUCGUCGUCUCCAAACCCCCCAACCUUUCCAGCAGCACUUCCCCCUGGCGUAGCACAUCCAUCGGCGAGAGCCUGGGCUCAGUCCCCUCCUUGUCACCGCUGCAACAGCCAGCUCCCCUUGCAGCGCUUUCUCAGCAAGGCUUGUGACCCCUCCCAGCCCCGUCUCCCACCUGCUCCCCAGAGUAACGCAGCUUGGCUCUCUUAACCCGGCGUCUGGCUUUAGACGGGAAGGGGACAGCGUUUAGCAGGGCUAGCGUCCCUUUCGGCCGCGCUGACCCCUCGAAGCAUGCCGGAGGCUCGCCCCUGCCCCAGCGUGCUGGGCUCUGGUGGUCCCUUUCAGGCUGGAAGGGGCUUCCUUCCCUCGCCGCGCCUUCUCCCGUUUGCUUUUAAGGUGAUACUAGAGCGAGCGUUAGUGCCGUGUUUCGGGGACGGGCGUCGAGUGACCUCCAGGCUGCGUCUCGCUGUCCCGCGCGGUGGGGAGAGGCGCAGCGAGCCUGGGCGGCGGGUGGCUGGGUGGGAGCACGCCCGCGCUGCUGGUGGCUGAAGCCAGGCCAGAGUUAAUAGGGAUAAGCUGUGGUCUUUCUUUCUGUCUUUUUAAAAAAAACAAGAAACAACCUUUUUCCUCCUUGCCGCUUCAGUUUCUGCUGAUCCUGUUUGAUGACGAUAUAUAUUAUACACACACGUUAGGCUGUUUUAACUGUUGACUUUAACCUUUUAUUCUUUGUGACGAUGUGUUGAUGAUUUAUCGUGCUACAAACCCACGCUAAGUUUCCUUUUCUCUUUCCUUCUUUUCCUAACCGUAGGAGAGUAGAGACAUUAACCGCUGCUGCAGUGCUGGCUUCUUAUUGACAUAUCCAGCAAUUGUAACUUUUUUGUUGGUGGUUUUGUUUUGUUUUGUUUUGUUUUUUAACUAUUUUAAAACGAUGGAGCAAAUUCAUGGGAUUAAGCCAUGUCUGAAAUGAAAGGCACAAGACUGUGUUAAAGGAAAACUUGCUGUAACAGAUCAGAUGAAGGCUGUGUUGACUGCAACGAGACGCGUUGAAUCGAUGCUCGUAAAACCUCCUGUAGGGCCAAACCGCCAGCCCUGGAGGAUGCCUAGGACCUUCUGCGCAUUAGCAAGGCAAAGACGGUUUAUUUAUUAACUCGCGCAGCCAAAGCCCUGGGAUUUGUCCUGUUUCGGCCAGGGCCUGAGGUCUGGAGGAAGGGCAGGAGGCUGCUUUCGCGGUGGAGUUGCAGGUUAACGCAGGCCGUGAGUUCCGAGGCAAAAGCAGGUCUGUGGUGCGCGUGUGUUGUCUUAGAGGCUGAUGGAUGGGGAACCGUAGCGUCAGGCUGAGCAGGUGCGGCGGGAGGCCGACGUGGGGGGGGAGGGCAAGGCCACCUCUCACCCGGGGCGUGAGGCAGCGGGAGCAGAACGUCUGUGGAGGGGGAGGGCGGCAGAGCCCUCGGCUGGGGCGGGGGAGGCAGGUGUCGAAUGCCGGGGAGUUGCAGCUCUGACUAGGAAGGAGAUUUACCUACUCUUUGGGGUGUGAGCUCCUCGUUUCAUGUUGCAAAUGACACUAAAGAAAUGAAAUGUAAAUAAAUUUAAAAAAAAAAAAAAAGCGUUCUUGGGUCGUCAAACUAAUUUAAAGCAAAAAAAAAAAAAAAAAAAAGGCGGAAAAACAAAACACUGGGAUCAAAGUGAACUGAACCAGGCGUGCGCUAAGGGGGGGCUGUUCAAGGAGGGGACAGAGGGAAGCCUGCAGCUUCUCAUGCUUGUGGGAGUAUUUCUUUGGGAAGCCGACAAUGACACGAUAACCCGGAAUCUGUAUUUACACACAAAGAUUCUUAUUGCACUUGUAUUUUUUAUAUUAAAGUUUGCAUGAUUUCUAAUAAAAUGGCAUUAAAAUGUACUAGUUUGCAUCAAAGUCGUCUGCUAGUUUCAUAAGUGCUUUUUCCUCUGAAUACAAAUUUAAAUAAGCAAUGCAGAUUUGCACCUGAAAGGGGCGGUUAUAUAUACCCUAGAAAACUCCCAGUGCUUCCCUUCCUCCCCCUCCUCCUCCUCCUCCUCCUCCUCCUCCUCCUCCUCCUCCUCCCCGCCUCCCCUCUCGCCUCUGCCCCAUCCCUCUACCCCCAAACCAGGGAGCGCAGCCGAGCUGGCCCUGCCCUGCCCUCGUGGCGUACGAGCUGCGCGGCCUGGGCGUCCGCGGCCAGCCCUGGGCCCGCCUGGGCGCCCUGAUGCCGAGGGCAGGGCCGGGGCUGCAGCCGCCCUCCCGUGACGCCCGGAGACCCCCCCAGCCGCUCCCGCGGCCUGGCCCGGGGCUGCCGCCGCCCUCCCGGUCACCUGCAUGUCGCCCUCGGUAUAUAUCACUGCCCCUUCGCUGACGCUUCCUUCUCUCUCUCACUGCUAAAUUCUAAACACCAGCUUGAUCUUGUCAGUCUUGGGGUUUCUUUUUUUUCUUUUUUUUUUUUUUCUUUCACCAACACUUGAAUCGAGGGGAGGCUUGGAGGAGAGGGGCUGAGAGGGGAGCGGGCCGAGCCCCUCAGCAGGAGAAGGCAGGGGCUGCGCUUCCCCAAGCACCCCCGUCGCUGUGCUGCGGGUUAGGGCUGCGCUGGCAGCGGCGGGAGGGUCCUGUGCCCGCGGGGGUGCGCGGAGCCCCGCUUCCCUGCCCGCCGAGGGCAGGUGCUGCUGGCGGCGGGCUGCGGCUGGGCUCAGCGGCCAGGCAGAGGCGCGGGGGCGUUGGUGCUGGCGGGCUUGAGCUGGGGAUGGCAAAGCCCGGUGGCGGUUGCGGUUAACCAAAGAGGAGGUGGAAGCUGAAAUGUCGCGUUCCUCUUGCUGCCCUGCCCGGGCGGGGCGGAGGGAGGCGGCCGGGUCCUGCUCUUGGCGCAGGUGCGGCAGGAGGAAGGCAAGUGGCAACGUUGCACUUUAUCUUCUGAGAUUGCAAAAAUGAAAAAAAAAAAAAAAGCAAACAAAAGGCAAGCAACCGCCUCGCGCCCUGCGAAGGGACAGUAACGCCACCUCCUCCCCUGCAUUGCUUUUGUCUGGUUUCUUGGCCGCUCGGCAGCCUCGGAUAAGGCUUUCACGUCUGCGUACGGCCGCGGCGCCGGUCAGGCCUGUCUGUGAACAUGCACAAACCUUCCCAGACUCACACGGUUCAGCCGAACACUGACCGACCUGUGCUUCUGUGCCACUUUCUCUAACACUCGUUGUGCCUGUGUUUAGCUGACAAACUAAAUCCAGAUACACUAGUUCGGUGUGGUUUUUCUAGGACAGCUUCAGUUUUAAUAUGGAUUAUUUUUUAUUUUUAUUUUAAGGAACUGGCUGUACAUAUUGCUAGCCCGGGAAGAGAGCUGUGUGUGGUGAAAAAAAAAUUACUUUCCGAUCUGGAGAGGUGGGAUGAGCUGGGUAGUGCCGAGACCGUAAAUGAAGACUGCAGAGAAGCUGCUGGCUGGGCAGAGCAGGGGAAGGAGCUGUGUUGGCUUAAUCUAGGGCUAGAGAUAGCAAAGCCUCUUGGGGUAAAAAAGAGUUGUGGUCUGACUUAGAUGCAACUUGAAUGUAUGUGUUCUUGUCUCGAGACCCCUCGUGUGGGUCCUGCCUUUGCAGCCGUGCUUGGCGUGGCGCUGCCCUCGGGAGGCAGCGACGGGGGGCUGGCGGGGACUGGGGUGGCCAGGGCAGCCUGCUGGCUCCGGGGAGCUGGGAGAAGUCAGGCCCGGGGGGGGGCUCUGCCCCCGCUGGAUGGGGCGCAGGAGUGCGUGGGCCGCGCCAGGUGUGCCGGCGCCUGCUCCCGCCUCAGGCACGAUGCUCAGCAAAGCCUUUUCCCAAGCGCGUGGCCAGGGUGAGCGGUGGGUUGGCGGCGAAGGCGGCGCAGGCUGCGGUGCAGCAGGAAGGGCUGGGUGGGCGCUCCUGCCCGGCAGGUGCUGGAUCCCUCCCUGGCUGCCACCCGCCGUGCGCUCGGCCGGCACGAGGCUGCCCCAGGGCCUGCGCUGCUCAGCUGCCGUGAGCCUGGUGUCUCCCUGCAUAUCAGUGGCAUAUACAGUUACUUUGGGGCUUUUUCUACUGUUAAACAAAGUACAUUCAAGUAACCAAGUUUGUGGGCUUGAGGCCGCAGGAGCAGGAGGCCAGGAGAGGCGGCGGCUUCGCUGCUGCCCCCAGCAUGCGCCUCCCCUUGGGUCGGAGUCCUGACUGCAAACUGAAUGUAGUUUUCUAUGCUGACCCUCACUGUUGUCCCCGCGUAGUACCGGUGUGUGAGCAGGGCUCUAGGCCCCUCGUGUAUGUGUGUUAUUUAGGCAGCAUUUCUAGUUUUUCUUGGAACGCGGCAGGAGCUUGAUGUCGGUGACAUCUUUGGGGUGAUGGGGGGGGCUCCAGUGGCCUGCCUGCGUGUUGAAGGUGGGACUGGCCGAGCCCCUCCUGAGCUGGUCACGGCUGUUCAACGCUGCCCCUGCAAAAGGCCGAGCAGCCCAGGCCUGGGGGGGCAUCACCCAAAAGCCAGCCUGGCCCAGGACAGGCUGCGGGUGGGGUGGGAAACGCCUGCAGGAGGCAUCAGCAGGAAGCACGCGCCCGCCCCUUCCUCCUCGCCCCCAGGUUCCAGCUAAAGGAACCCUUUGCCUUUCCAGGCGCCCGCUCACACGAGUCUCACUGGCCACCAGCUGGUGUCUAGCGUAAGCGAUCAGACACGAGACUCCGGACUUGCACCCGUCGCGCUGGUCCCACCCCAGCCGUCAGCAUUGCCUGCAGCUUCCAUUACCCUGUAACAUAGGGACAAGGAGUAACCACGUAGUGGGGAGGGCUUGGACCGAGAGGACGGUGUGGCUGGAGACCAGGGCUCGGGCAGUCACUUAACCUCUCUGCCUCAGUUUCCCCAUCUGCAAGGUGGGGAUGAUACUACUUACCUCACCAGGCUGUUGUGAGGCGCGAGCAGUGUGUACGUGUUCUCUAAAUGUGACGUAGCAUUAUUAUUAUUUGUGUCAUAGGAUUAUUCUGGGCGGCGCCGUCUCCGCUGCGGCGGUGGGAGCACCGGCUGCCCGAGGAGAGGCACCGCUGGGGCGUGACGCUGUACCUGUGCCGUAGCGGGCGGUGCUGAGGGGAGGGAGCCGAGGGAUGGGGGAGGUUAGUGCAUGGGUGCAAGGCCUGAGACAACAGCUCUGUGGGCGGGGGGGGGGCCGGGCAGAGCCCCACCUGCUUUGGGGUGAAUUCAUACCGGUUUGCUUCUGCCUUUCUGUCUCGCCCUCCUGCGAGGGGCUGUAAGACUGUCGUCUCCUUAGCAACAUUUCCUGAUUUGAUGUUGUGAUUCUUACUAUUGUAAAGGGUUGAAAUAAAGCUUCUAGAUGUUC